UGUUUACAUCCUGUGCUUUGCCGAGUCCCGCUGUGCCGCUGCUUUACUGAGUUCGUCCCGCUGCCCCCACCCGAGUGAGAUAGUUUGAGGCCCGAUGCUCACCACCUUCUCAUCCUACUUCAAUAGAAUCAAGCAGCAGUUCUUCAGGACAGUGGAGAAUGCCAGGAGGCCGUGCAAGCGGCCCCUGGAGGAGAACAGUGAUGAUGAGGACACCUUCCAGACACAGCCCUACAGACCGGUGAGGAAGAAAGUAUGCACCACCAGAGAUGAAAUGCUGCCACCACUCAGCCGAUCUUAUCAGGUGAAGCCUUCUCUACACUGGAAGCCUCUGCCCUCGUCGUCCCUCACUUCCAUCAGAGAAGAUGAGUCAGAAGUAAGACCAGACAGGAAAUUCUUUAAGACAUCAAGAGCCACAAAUGUGAGGGAGGCCACCAGCAGACAGCCACUUGUCAGGACAAAGCCUUCAGUGAGGUCCCUAUGCCAAGAAUCCACCCCCAGCAUCUCUCGCAGGAUUAUCCCACCAAAACUCAGUGACAGAACAAUCCCCAAAACCACCAAAAGUGUGUCGUCAGGAGCGUGGCCCAGAAAUUGUUUAGGAGGCAGCAACUACAGUGACAGAAACAAGAAGCCACUUUCCACCUACAAUAAAUGGAAACCCACCACCGUCACAGAGAGUAUACGUAUUGAGGAGAAGCAGCAGUACCGUCAGUUGCUGCAGCAGUGUACGCUCAGCCAGUCAUCCCCGACUCUCUCCCCUUCUCACAAUGUUUGCCAGGUUUCUUCAAGUUCUUCUAAUUCAUCAAGUCCUGUGAUGCGUGACGUGAGAUGGUCCAGGAACUCGUCCAUUCAGUCAGUCCAGUCGGAUGCAGGAAGUGAGAAUGCCUUCCCUAUUUUGCUUUCAUCCAGCAGAUUGUCAAGGCCUUUAGACAAGAGCAAAUCUAUCAUGAAGAAGGAGGACUCGGAGCAUCACAAGAGGCCUGCCACUAACCACAAAUCCACCCCACCAAAGAUUCCUCUGUCGGACAUCACUAUGAGGAAGGAGUUUGGUAACAGCAGAAUGAAAAGGAAUGAAAUGAGUGAAUCUGUCAUCAGGAGUGUGGGGUUGUGUGGUGAUGAUGAGGAAGAGUUGUCACUCGGCCAGCUAGUGAGGCAGCGGCAUCACAAGACAGAGACCCCGAAAGAUGCAAUACCUGUGAUAGACUUGUCCCAGUCAGAUAGUGAUAGCAUUGAGAGUAUUAAGGAAUCUGAAAGUGACAGUAUAGAGAUUGUGGACGAGUUCCCUCGCACCAGGAGAAGAACUGACAUUCUGAAGGACUUAUAUGAUGGGAAGUGGAUGGAGGCCAAGCAAGGUGAGUUCAGCAAUAUUGACCUGAAGGCAAAGAGUGCAGGUGUAGAGGAUGGAGAGCUGCAGUCGAUGAGAAAGGAUCAAAUGAAUGUCCUCCAUGAAAAAGUUGAGAGGAGGUUGAAGCAGCUGGACAUCAUCUGUGCCAUGCCCGAGAAACACAGACCUGCCAAACUAUCUGUCAAGAAGCAAAUCUACCCCUUGAAGCCGGAGAUGCAGGAUGACAUUGAGGCUGCACUGAUACCGUAUCCAAAGUCAGAAGUUCUCAUCCACAAGUUUAACAUCAAGAUUACCCGCCGGGACAUUGCAACCUUGAACAGCCCAAACUGGCUCAAUGAUGAGGUGAUAAACUUCUACAUGAACCUCAUAAUGGAUCGCAGUAUGAAGAACAAAAGACUUCCAAGAGUGUACGUCUUCAGCACAUUCUUCUACCCCAAGCUGUACCAAAGUGGUCACAAGUCUGUCUCCAGGUGGACCAAAAAGGUUGACAUCUUCACUUAUGACAUUCUGCUGAUCCCCAUCCACCUUGAUGUCCAUUGGUGUAUGGCCACAGUAGACUUCAGGAAGAGGUGCAUCAGUUACUAUGACUCCAUGCUUGGUGAUAAUCCUGAGUGCCUUAAGCUCAUAUUGGAAUAUUUAGAGGCUGAACACCUUGACAAGAAGAAAACACCCUACAAAACAGCUGCCUGGAAACUUGAAUGUCCAAAGAACAUUCCCGAGCAGAUGAAUGGGUCGGACUGUGGGGUAUUCUCUUGUACAUUUGCCGAGUUUAAGUCCCGUCUCUCCCCUCUGGACUUCACCCAGGAGGACAUGCCUUACUGCCAGAGGAUGGUGUAUGAGAUCAUCAAGGGGGAGCUGCUGGUGGGAUAGAGAGGAGCUGAAAUAUUCACUUAGCUUCAGUUAAUGCAUAUUUGUAUGUAUUUCAUUUGUACACAACAUAAUCUGCCAACGUUUUACAGUUUUUCCCUUUAGUUUAUAUAUUUUCUAGAUUAUAAUCAUAGUAAUAAGUUGAAAUGUAAUGUUAUGUUAUGUUUGAUCUCUAAGUAACAAUUUAAGUUUAGGACGAAAUAUAGAAGUCUGUCUUUAAUUGCCAACUGCCUUGUAUGUACGUACAUAUACACACUCAAUAAACUUCUAAAACCAAG